CCGCACCGGGGAAAAGCCCUUCAGCUGCCCCGAGUGCGGGAAGGCCUUCAGGUAUUCCUCCAACCUGCAGAGCCACCGGCACGUCCACACCGGGGAGAGGCCCUUCAGCUGCCACGAGUGCGGAGUAUUUGAAAAUCUGAAGACUGAAGCUUCAAAAUCAAUGGAUGAAGGACUUAUGUCUGAAACAUUGACUCUCCUGCUCCUCGGAUGCUGCCUGACCUGCUGUUUUGCCAGCGCCACAUUUUUUGACUGACUCUCCAGCGUCUGCAGUCCUCACUUUGAUGUCAAUGUCUGACAGUCACUCAAUCCAUCGGGACAAAACAAUUUUUGACUGUGAUUUCUGUGAGAGGGAUCAACACCUUUUGGUUCCUGUUUGAGGACGUUUUCAGCAUCAGUGGGACUGGACGAGAGACCCCACUGUUAGAGCUCACUGUGUGUGGAGCCUGAAACAGUUAUACGGCCUGGAAAGGGGAUUUCACGGCAGGGAGGGGCUCUACACAUGUUUGUGUGCAGCUGAAGCUGUGGCCAUGGAGAAACCUGAGGAAUCCCGCCCUGUGGAGAAACGAUGGAAGUGUGGGGACUGUGGGAAAGGCUUCCGUUCCCCGUCUGCCCUGGAGACUCAUCGGCGCAGUCACACCGGGGAGAGGCCAUUCCCCUGCUCCGACUGCGGGAAGGCCUUCAGAGAUUACUCCCAUCUGCUGGCCCACCAGCGGGGCCACACGGGGGAGAGGCCCUUCAGCUGCCCCGAGUGCGGGAAGGCCUUCAUAUUUUUCUCUGUCCUGUUGGUCCACCGGCGGGUCCACACGGGAGACAGGCCGUUCAGCUGCCCUGAGUGUGGGAAGGCCUUCAGCAAUUCCUACAACCUGCAGAGCCACCGGCGUGUCCACACGGGGGAGAGGCCCUUCAGCUGCCCCGAGUGCAAGAAGGCCUUUACCGACCUCUCCGCCCUGGGGAGACACCAGCGUGUCCACACAGGGGAGAGGCCCUUCAGCUGCUCCGAGUGUGGGAAGGCCUUUACCCACGUCUCUGCCCUGCGGAGCCACCAGCGUGUCCACACCGGGAAGAGGCCCUUUAGCUGCCCCGAAUGUGGGAAGACCUUUACUGACAUCUCCUCCCUGAUGAGGCACCAACGGAUCCACACGGGGGAGAGGCCCUUCAGCUGCCCCGAGUGCGGGAAGGCCUUCAGCUAUUCCUCCUCCCUGCUGACCCAUCAGCGGGUCCACACCGGGGAGAGACCGUACACCUGCCCUCAGUGCGGGAAGGGCUUCACCAGCUCCUCCAACCUCCAGACCCACCAGCGGAUCCACACGGGGGAGAGGCCCUUCAGCUGCCCUGAGUGUGGGAAGGCCUUUCGCGAUUCCUCCACCCUGCUGACCCACCAGCGGAUCCACACGGGGGAGAGGCCCUUCAGCUGCCCUGAAUGCGGGAAGGGCUUCAACUGCUCCCCCCACCUGCGGAGCCACCAGCGGAUCCACACAGGGGAGAGGCCCUUCAGCUGCCCUGAGUGUGGGAAGGCCUUUACCCACGUCUCUGCCUUGCGGAGCCACCAGCGGGUCCACACCGGGGAGAGGCCCUUCACCUGCCCUGAGUGCGGGAAGGCCUUCAGCUAUUCCUCCACCCUGCUGAUCCACCAGCGGAUCCACACAGGGGAGAGACCGUACACCUGCUCUCAGUGCGGGAAGGCCUUCAGCAGUUCCUCCACACUGCUGAUCCACCAGCGUGUCCACACCAGGGAGAGACCGUACACCUGCUCUCAGUGCGGGAAGGCCUUCAGCACAUCCUCCCACCUGCGGAGCCACCAGCGGAUCCACACCGGGGAGAGGCCGUACACCUGCUCUCAGUGCGGGAAGGGCUUCACCUAUUCAUCCAACCUGCGGAGCCACCAGCGAGUUCACGUGCCAUCGCAGGGGGAUUGAAGGAGUGACGGCCGAGUGCCAUUAUCGAUUGGACAAUCAACCCGGUUCCGGGGACUCCCGGGUUUGAAUCCCGCCACGACAGAUGGCAGAAUUGGUAUUCAGUCAGAAAUGUGGAGUUCGGAAUCUAACGAUGAGACUGUUUCAGGGAGGGGGUGGUGCAGGGGAGAAAGCCCCCAUCUGAUUCACUCUCUCCCUCGUUAGGGAAGGGAACCGCCAUUGUGGGAGAGGAUACGCUCAGUCGUUCCUGCUGCAUCCUUUACCCGGUCUGGCCUACACGUGACUCCAGACCCACAGCAGUCUGGUUGACUCUACACUGCCCUCCCUCCACUGGCAAAGGAGCGGGGAGAAACUUACUUGGAGACAGAGUAUGGGUUGAAAUUGCUGAGUGAGGCAAUACUUCCUCCAGGUUACGGCUGUACUAAGGAUCCAGUUACAAAGGGACAACUUAGUGCUGACCAAUAGUAAAGACAGUGAGGUGGGGGGGGGGGUG